AUGGAGAGACAUCUUUUUGAUCCAAAAGGGUCUGUGGACAAUCAGAAAUACCUUGCUUUGAGGUCUUACCGAAGUACAGUGCCACUUCGGGCUAAAACUCUACAGAUCACAGACCUUCCUCAUCAGGACAGAACUGAUUAUCUCUGCAAAAAUCAUUCUGGUCUCAAAUUCUCCGGUGGACCGGCUCUACAGAUAACAUAUGACCCUCGAGAAGCGACUCGGAUUACCAAAUUUGUCCUCAAUGUUUCACACGUUGGAUCGAAUCCAUGCGAAGUUUCUCCGUGUUUGAACGAAGGCAACUGUUUGGACCUCGGAAAUAACUUCAACUGUUUAUGUCGACCAGGAUUUUCAGGAGCCAAAUGUGAAUCUGAUAUUUACGAAUGUGAAUCGAACCCAUGCCAAAACAAUGGUGUCUGUAGGGACUUUAUAAACGGUUUCAUGUGUGCUUGCCCUUAUGGUUAUACGGGUUCGACAUGUGAAACCCCGAUCAAUACUUGCCGUGGAAUAUCGUGUUUGAAUGGUGGCAAAUGUGUUGCGGAUAGCGAAGACACUUAUCACUGUGUCUGUCUUGGUGGCUACACGGGUCCGUCUUGUGAAAACCGUACCGAUGGAGUUAUACCCGGACAGACCUGUAAAAUGAUCAAAUGUCAAAACGGUGGUAGCUGUCUGCCUUAUAAAGAAGGCGGAUUCGUAUGUAAAUGUCCUGCUGGUGUGAUGGGGCCCUAUUGUGAAGUAGUCACCGGUAAAGAAUGCGACAAAAACCCUUGUUCUGCUGAUGCAACUUGUGUUGCAACCACAAAUGAUGAUGACGAAAUAUCUGAACAUAAUCCAGGAUUCAAAUGUCUCUGUCCAGAGGGUCGUAUUGGUCAGUUUUGUGAGAAUUACGUUGACCAUUGUCUUAUAAACGAGUGUCACAAUGGAGCAUCAUGUAGUUCUGUAGCCAAUACAUUCUAUUGUAGCUGCACAUCGGGCUGGAAAGGACGUCUGUGUGAGCACGACAUUGACGAAUGCCUGGAUAAUCCUUGUGAAAAUGGCGGUCGUUGUGAAAACGCCUAUGGCACUUACUCGUGUGAUUGCAAGAAAGGAUUCACUGGCUACAAUUGUUCGACCAAUUUGAACGACUGCACAGUCAACUCUUGUCAAAAUGGUGGAACUUGUAUUGAUCGAAUCAACGGCUAUGCUUGCAAAUGUCCGUUUACUUUCUGGGGUAAAAAGUGCCAACAUAAGCGGUAUCCAUGCGAUCAUAAGCCUUGUAAGAAUGGCGGUAUAUGCGUUAGUUAUAAAGCUAGCUUCUACUGUGAAUGCAAACAAGGAUUUACAGGUAAAACGUGUUCUGAUCUUCUCGACCCAUGUAAUCCUCAACCGUGUCAAAAUAACGGUAAAUGUGUUUACGAACCAGCUAAAGGUGACCUAAAAUGUGUAUGCCCACCAGGUAUCUUAGGAACAUUAUGUGAACUCAGAAACGAAUGUUUUUCAAGCCCUUGUCUCAACGGGGGCCGCUGCUUAGAACAGCUAGGAAAAUACGUUUGCAAAUGUGCCCCCGGUUUCUACGGCAAGCAUUGUCAAAUAAAGAAGACUACAUGUACACCCAACCCUUGUACUCAUGGAGGUCGAUGUAUACAAUUAACAAACAGCUUUCAAUGUCAAUGCACCAAAAAUUACGACGGGCAGACGUGCUCGCACUUCAAAUACACAGAUACAUUACAUUGUUCUGAAGAAGUUGACACCAUCAAUGGCAGUGGCAUCUUAUGGUUUGGUACACAGGUUGGGCAUCACGACAUUCAACCCUGUCCACCUGGAGUUCUUGGAAACGCAACCAGGCAAUGUUUCGAAGACAACAGUGUCCCAGAUGUCAGAGCUACUUGGGGAAGACCUGACUUAUCAAACUGUGUCCACAAGAAGUUUCUGGACAUUAAGAAAAAGGCUGAACAGCUAUUAUUGUCAGAGAGGGUCACUUCUCAAAACAUCAACGAUGUUUCAAACACCAUUUUUGACAUUGUCGAGAAUAAAUCGGACCAAAAGCUACAACUUUAUCCUGGCGAUCUCGGUGUUGCUGUUGAUACUUUCGGUAUAAUGGCUGAUGUGGUCGGGGAGGCUUCCGAUGACGACGUGGAUAUGCAGCCAACUAUAGAGGCAUUUGGAAAAACUGUUGGCAGCGUCAUUGACCAGUCUGUUGUACCAGUAUGGAGGAAUGCAAAUCCGAACAUGGUCGGGGAGAAGAUGGCGUCGGUGCUAGCCAACACAGAACGGAUGGCUAGCAACGUAUUUCAACAUGGCCACCGUGGAAGUACGCAAAGUUACUCAAUGGCUUCAACAAAUUUAGAUUUCAGUAUCUCAACUGUGGAGGACGUAUACACUGGCGAUAAACUGAAAAGAUCAGAAACCAGUUCAAUCAGACUCCCAGACGAAGUCUAUGACAUCUGCCGUCGUGAAAACAAAGGUCGACCCGUUGGAUUGUUCAACGCCCGUUUUACAUCAAUCGGUCAAAUACUGUCAUUUAAACAGGACAGACCGAAUUCGUUGAACGACACACGGGUUAUCAACUCUGAUGUCAUCACGAGCAGUGUCGUCGGUGUGGCCAGGAGUAAGUUUCAACGCCUCUCUUCCCCGAUCAUCCUUGUCUUUCAACUAAAGGACGAAAAUCUACGCAGCAGUUUCAACGAGUCCUGCGUCUUUAUGAAUAUGAACGCUACUAACCGCUUUGACCGUUGGCACUACAAGGGUUGCUAUUUAGCCAAGAAGACGGCCGGCUAUACAGAAUGUCAUUGCUACCAUAUGACCAAUUUCGCCCUCUUGAUGGACGUCCACGGAAUUGGUGAAAAAAUCGACGACAGACACCAGAUUGCUUUGUCAUUCAUUUCUUAUAUCGGUGGUGCAUUAUCCAUUCUUGGUUGUGUUCUGUCUGUCUUUGCUUUCGAAUAUUUCAGGUUGUCCAGUGACCGAGUACGAAUUCACGAAAACCUGGCAGUCUCAAUAAUUCUGGUGCAACUCGUAUUUUUGAUUGGCAUCGACAGGAAAGAUAGUCCGGUGGCGUGCAAAGUGGUCGCCAUAUUGCUCCAUUACGUCAUGAUGGCAAUGUUUUGUUGGAUGUUAGUUGAAGGGAUACAUCUUUACAUUGAAUCUUUACAUUUGAAAUACCCAAAAUAUUCUCAAACCAUUUUGUCUUUGUCAGGUGUUCCAUUGGUCAUCGUCGGAAUUCCUGUCGCAUUAGCAUUCGAUAACUAUGGACAAGGAAACAUAUGCUGGAUGACAAGUUCAAGUCUGCUAGUUUUGUUUGUGCCAACGGUUGCCCUGGUGAUAGUGCUAAACACUAUAGUGUUGGCAAUCGUCAUUCGAGUUAUGCUGCGUUCAUUUCGAUCUUCCCACCGAGCUAUUGCUGAAGAGACAUCUGCUGUACGAGUUGGACUUAAAGCCACUGCAGUGUUAUUGCCAUUAUUAGGGCUUACAUGGACCUUCGGCUUCCUCUCUGUCGACUCCAGUUCCACGUUGGUAUUCACCUACAUAUUUACUAUUCUAAAUUGUUUACAGGGCCUCUUCUUCUUUAUAUUCCAUUGUUUGAUGAAUAUUGAUGUACGCAAUGCAAUCAAAAGAAAAUAUUUUGGCAGAAAGCGAAGUACUAUGUCUGCAGGUCGAAAGAGUUCCGUGGAUUUCGAGACAUAUGGCGAGUUUUCCUCAGGAGGCAAAAAGCUUGUGCGGGAUUCUUCUACAUCUGUGGCGACCAACACUACAGAUUUAUGCAGCUUUGAACGCAAAAGAGCAACCCUUAGCGAGAAACAUCCGAACUUAUUGAACAAAUCCACCAACUGCAACGGAGAAGUAAGCCGAAAUGGGAGCGUUUCGGGCAAAAACCUCAAAGUAGCGACACCAACGUCACCUUCUUCUCCUCCAGCUCCUCAAGCUUCAUCUCCGCCAGCCUCAAGCAACGAUCAUCACCAACACCAAUGUGAUGAUAUCAACGUGAAGGAAGGCCACAUGGAAAACGGCACGGAAACACGACUUCAUUGUAGCAAAAGUUUUCCCCCUGGGAAAAAUAAAAUCUCAAGCUAUGCUGAUGACAACAGCGGUCCGGCCACGUUGGUGGCAUCUGGUUGCUUUGAUGCAACCGACACGUCGUCUUUGAUGGCAGCGGCCGCAGCAGAAGAAGACAAUGAGAGAGCGGAAGAAGUAGAACAGGGGUAUACUGGUAGUGAUGGUGGUGGUGUUGGUGGUGGCGGUGGUACUAGUAGUGAUGGUAGUUGUGUUAAUGAUGGUCACGGUGGUGGUGGUGGUGCUUGUGAUGGUGGUGGUGGUGGUGGUGGUAGGACACCUGAUGAAUGUGGCGACCCUGAAAGUUUCAGUGAUGAUUCUACACCGUUGACCAAAACGACGAAUGCUUUCGACAUUUCGAUGACGGACGACGGAAGUAGCUAUGGAGAUGAGACAGAGUAUCUACGAGAACGAGAACGAGAACGAGAACGAGAACAACAACAGAAACUGGAUGUGGAUGAAGUAGAAAAACAACUAAAACUAGAGCAACAACAACUACAACAAGAUGAAGAGGAAGAAGAGGAAAACCUCAACGAUAUUCUAUCAGAUAUGGAUUCCAUGCUUGAGAAUUCGAGGAAAUGAAAACCGGCAACGUUUUAUUUUAUUUACAAAUUAUAAACAGAUUAAAAACAUCGACGCAAAGUCCACAAUCACAACCACCACCACCGCCACCGCCACUUUAGCACUGACAUUUACAUCAUCAACGUAACCCCCAUCCUCUUAAGGAAUUUAUCUGUACAGAAACAAUGUUAAUUAAUUAAUUGACUAAUUAACAGCAAAACUACUACCAUCACCGCAACAAUAAGCAACAAUAACGACAUCAAUAGCUUUAAUAAUAGGAAUAAUAAUAAUAAUGAUGAUUUCAAAUUUUGGCACAAGGCCAGCAAGUUCGGGUCGGGGGAGGGGUAAGUCGAUUAAUUCGAUCUCUGUGCUCAACUGGUGUUCAUUUUGUGUACCCCCGAAAGGAUGAAAAGUAAAGUCGACCUCAGCGGAAUUAAUAAUAAUAAUAAUAAUAAUAAUAAUAAUAAUAAUAAUAAUAAUCCUACGCAAAACACUUUCAAUACAGUAACCAUAAGAGCAUCACAGCAAACCACAGCACAUACCCAAGGCACACAGAGCUGCGCUCGGUAGUGAAGUGAAUGCACGUAAUAAAAAUAAAACUACUGAACAAUAAUAAUGAUAAUAAUAAUAAUAAUAAUAACAACAACAACAACAACAACAACAACAACAACAACAACAACAACAACAAUAAUAGUAGUAGUAAUAAUAAUGAUAUUUUCUUUAUGACGUUGGAGGUGAAGAACAGUACAAGGACCGCGUACAAGAAUAGAAGAUCUUACUUCAAGGCUAAAGGAAAGUAAAAACAAUGACAGAUGACAGCGAAAAGUUAAAAAGGGUCUCUGUAUGAAGGAUAUCCACUUGGGAUAGGGUUAGUCAAGAAACUCCACAGGCCCACAAUUGCCCUAAACUACCAAAACUAUUAAUAGGGUAAAACUAGGAGUAGUAAUCAGAAUAGAGGCUCUGCAUUGAUAGCAAAGGCAUCGCAAUCCCUUCAGAUGAUCGACCUCUCGAUUUCUUCUCAACAAACGCAUGCGCAAACACAUGCGCACUGACGUAAAUAUUACCUGAAAAGUAGUGGCAAAAACUAUCAAAAUAGAAGGAUCUUGAAAUUGAAAUAUUCAAGAUGUGGGACACGAUGGUGGAAACAAUAACAAUAGUAAUUGCUGUUUUAUGAAUGAUGAUUUAAAAUAUAUGAAAAGAAACAUAGAAGCCAUUCCAGGACUCAAGACCCUACACACUGUCCGAAAAAUAUCUCUGCAAGGAAGAGCCGACAUCUUGCGCAAAUAUCAUCGACUCAUUAGAAUAACUCAAACCGAAAUUCUUCACAUAUAACUUAAACCCUAUAAAUUCAGCUUGUAAUAAUCUAAAACAACUCGCGUAGAAUAUAAUAUAUAAGAUUAAUACCCAAUAAAAUAAUACUAUUCAUCAAUAAAAGUACCACACACUAAAGAACAAACACUAAUAUAAUAAGAAACCAUAGACUAAACCCCAUAAAAAAUGUACACUAAUGCAGUACACCUAAACGUAGAGUCAUAUUCCCUCCACUUUCCUUAAUCUUGCUAAAAUAAGAACACACAAUGUUGCACACACCUCAGAAAUAUGGAGGUGCACCAGGUGGUACAAUAGAAACUCGUAUGAAACUAUGAUAGUAAAAAAUAAUAAUAAUAAUGAUAAUAAUAAUAAUAAUAAUAAUAAUAAUAAUAAUAAUAAUAAUAAUAAACAGUCAGCCACCUUCUAUAUAUGGAUGACCUAAAAUUAUAUGCUAAAAACGACAAAGAGCUAGAAACACUACUACAGACAAUACACGGCUUUACCAAGGAAAUAGAUAUGAAAUUCGGAUUAGAAAAAUGUGCCAAUGCAACCCUGAAAAGAGGAAAAUUAGUUAAAAGUAGCAAUAUAACACUAGAUAAAGCCAAUGAAAUAAGAGAACUAGACGAAAGCCAACCAUAUAAGUAUUUAGGAGUCAAUGAACUAGA